AAACAACACGUGUAGAUCACUAGAACGUCCAUCUUCAUCGAACUCAAUCGACAUACUGCCUCCUUUGCGUCAAUGCCUCCCUCUGCAACUCAUAUCGAUACUGGUUUCACCUUGAGCGCACCUUGAGCGCACCCACCAGCGCCAUGGCAGCGCACGUUGACAUGCACACCACCAGAGAAUCUCUUCGCCUCAUUGAGCAAUCCGGUGUUGCGAAAGCCCGGCUCUCCUGGCUGGACUUGGUCCUAAAAGCCUUCCUCGCCGGAAUCUUUAUCUCCCUCGGGGGUGGCUUUACCCUCAUCGUCAUCGGCGGCGCUCCUGGCUUACGCGCCGACAACCCUGCCCUCGCAAGCCUCGUCGGAGGCCUGGUCUUCCCAAUCGGUUUCGUCGUUAUCAUCCUCACUGGCAUGGAGCUAUGCACGUUGAAUAUCUUUGUCAUGACUUAUGCAACAUUGCAGAGGAAAACAAUACUGUGUGACCUAGCUAUAAACUUGGUCGUCAGUUACGUCUGCAACAUUUGUGGAUGUUUAUUUUACGCGGGGGUGUUGAUCUACUGGGCUGAUUUGCUCAGAACAAGCGACCAGCAAAGCUAUGCUUCAGCACAAGCAGAAGCCAACGUGAACGUUGGUUGGGGCAUAAACCUUGCGCGGGGUAUAAUGUGCAAUUGGCUUAUUGCCAUUGCUUACAUUUUCUCUACAGAAGGGAGGGAUCUACUGUCCAAGGUGGUAGGUAUUUGGAUUGCAAUGGCGACGUUUGUGAGUAUGGGGUUUCAGCAUAGCGUUGUGAACUACUUCAUGAUACCAACAGGCAUGUUCUACGGGACAAAUUUCGGCGUUGGCAAGUUCAUUUGGGCGAGUUGCAUACCAGUGACAUUGGGAAAUAUUAUUGGAGGAGCAUUUUUCGGGGCAGUAAUGUUUUGGAUGAUUUAUGGAAAGCACGAGUUGAAGGAGAGGGAGGCGAUGAGAGAAGCAGACGAGCAGCAUAGCGCUUAGAUUGUAUUCGAGCUUUGGAGAAAUUUUGACGAGUUAGCUUUGGAUUACCCGGCGCAAAGUCUCCCUGACACGUAAUGUCAAAGGGCC